AAAUAGAGUGCACAAGCAAAAAAAAAAACAGUAUAAAUAACUCCAAGAGAAAGCAUUUAGUAAGCCACACACCAUGACUAGCCUCAGCAAGGUGCCCAAGGGGCCACGGAUUGGGCUGCGGCAUGUACAGUCGCUGCUGCUCUUUCUAGGCCUCACAGUCAUGCACAUUGCGCGCUUGAAUGUCAGCGUGGCGAUUGUCGCAAUGACCAAUGCUGCAUCUACGAAUCCCAACUUUCCCGAAUACAAUUGGACAGAACGCCACAAAUCGUAUAUACUCUCCAGCUUUUACUGGGGCUACAUUCUGACCCUUUGCCCGGGCAGCUUUCUGUGCCGUCGCUUUGGCCCCAAGAUAGUGCUCUUUAUAGCCAGCUGUGGCACAGCCGUGUUCAGCCUGAUUACGCCCUGGAGCAUCUCUUGGGGCGGCUGGCAAGUGUUCUGUGCCAUACGGAUUUUGCAGGGUCUGUUCCAGGGCGUCAUCUUUCCGUGUGUUAACGAGCAUCUGGCCAUGUGGUCACCGCCGGAGGAGCGCAAUCGUCUGGGAGCCUUCAGCUACACGGGCACGGACUGUGGUACCGUGCUGGCCAUGUUCAUCAGCGGCAUGAUAGCCAAGAGCGCCAUGGGCUGGCCGGGCAUCUCGUACGUGUCGGGCGCUUUGUGCGGCGCCUGGUGCAUACUCUGGCUCAUCUUUGGCGCGAAUAAUGCGCCCGAGUCGCGUUUCAUCAGCGAGGCAGAGUGCAAGUAUAUCGAAUCUUCGCUGCAGCACAACGAGGACUUCCAUGAGCGCAUCAUACCCAUACCCUGGCGUGCCAUUUGCUGCUCCGUGCCCUUCCUGGCGCUGCUGGUGGCCCGCUGCUCCGAGACAUGGGGCCUUAGUACGCUGCAGGCGGAGAUACCGUCGUAUAUGAACGGCGUUUUGAAUAUGGACAUACAGAGCAAUGCGGUCUUCUCCUCACUGCCCUUCCUGGCCAUGUGGCUGCUCUCCUACGUUUAUCUGAUUGUGGCCGAUGUGCUGCUCAAGCGCAAGUGGUUGUCCCUAACGGCGGUGCGGAAGCUCUUCAAUACGCUCUCCUUCUGGAUACCCGCUGCAGCGUUGAUUGUUAUCGGAUUUUUGGGCGAGGACCAUUCGAAUGUGGCCAUUGCCUUGAUGACGGUCAGCGUGGGCGUCAACAGUGGCGCCACAAUUGGCAGCUCCCUGAAUACCAUCGAUCUGUCGCCCAAUCAUGCGGGCAUCCUGAUUGGCCUGAGCAAUACGGUGGCCAAUGUGAUUCCCAUCCUGACGCCCCUCAUAGCUGGCGUUAUUGUUGUGGACAAGCAUGAUCGCGGCCAGUGGCAAAUUGUGUUUGGCAUUGCCGCCGUCAUCUUCUUCGUGGGCAACUGCGUAUUUCUCAUUUGGGGCACGGCGCAGGCCCAGCCUUGGGAUGCGGAUGAUUAUUUGACGCCUAAAGAUGCAGAGACGUGCAGUGAAAAGCGUGCACCUGCUCCGGCCAUUGCGCCUCCCAUUGAUCCAGUGCUGGAGCAGCAAAUCAGCUGGCCUGAGAGAUAUACGGCAAAAGCCAUGGACUGAGCAGCGGCGGAAACAGGGAACAAUUAGUUUUAUUUAUCAGUAUUAACAAAUAAGCAGGUUGUAAUUUAUUUUAUUUAUAA